UAACUUAAGGAUUCUUUGGAAGUACCGUAUUCAGAUUCAAAUACUGUUUGUUAAGGUUCCAUUAUAUGCAGGACACUAUACUGAGGAAAAUUGCAUACAGUAUUUAAUUCUCAUAGCUCUAUGCAAUAGAUAUCAUAACCUCUUGUUUCUAAUUAAAAAACUGAAGCAUGAUCAAUUCAAAGUCAGACACCUAGAAUAUGACAAAACUAAGAUUUGGGCCCAGAUCAAGUGCUCUUUGUACAAAUUGCCUUCUGAAGCUUACAGUAUAAAUAGGACUGAGGAAAGAAAAAGAGUAACUGGCACGUGGCUCCUCCAUUUUUUUCUGAAGUUAUUUAGCCCCACUCCCACUCCAGCUCCUCUGUGACCCAUAAAUCCUGUGCCUCCUCAGACAAAGGGAGUGUCAGUCAUAGCAGUUCUUCAGGACAUUACCAUGGUUACCAAACAGAGUCCAGUGCUCCAGCCUGUUCAUUCCAGAAGAGGACAGGGAGGACGUGAGAUGGCCUUCUUCAACUUAUAUCUACUGGGAUAUCAAAAUUCCAUUCGGAACAAGAAGAGGGACAUAACUGAAGAAACAAACCAGAAGGAAUCAGUGCCCACGAGGCUUCCCCCUAUUAUCUCAGAAGAUGGGAAUUAUUCUGUGCACCAGAAUAGCCACACAAGGUACCACGAAGCUGUACGGAAGGUGUCGUUAAAGACAUUCCCCAACCAGGUCUUCAGAGUCCCUCUGACUGAUGCUCAGAACUUCAGCUUCUGGCGGUCCCACACUCCAGGAGUGCGCCCAGAGGAAGCCAUGCCGUGGAUCCGGAGCCCCCGCCACUGCCUCAUUAAAAGCCCAAUGACCAGGUUUAUGGAUCACUCCAUUCUCAACGACAGAAACUUCAGUCCGUAUUGA